UUUCUAAACAAUUCUCGUUCCCUCUUCUUCCACACCAUUCCAAAACCCUAACACUAUCCCCCUCCCCCCACCAUUAUUUCCUCCUCCUCCGUGAAACCCUAAACCCCGAAACCCCAAAUCCAAAACCCUAGCCAUGGACGAUAGCCUCUACGACGAGUUCGGCAACUACAUCGGCCCGGAGAUCGACUCCGACCGCGACUCCGACGGCGCCGACUCCGACCACGCCGCCUCCCAGAUCGUCCUCGCCGAGGACAAGAAGUACUACCCCACCGCCGAGGAGGUCUUCGGCGAGGGCGUCGAAGCCCUCUUCGGCAACUACAACGGGUGGAUCACCUCCGCGUCCGCCGCCGCCGACGACAUGGACACCGACGCCGCCGCCUCCCAGAUCGUCCUCGCCGAGGACAAGAAGUACUACCCCACCGCCGAGGAGGUCUUCGGCGAGGGCGUCGAAGCCCUCGUCAUGGACGAGGACGAGCAGCCCCUGGAGCAGCCCAUCAUCCAGCCGAUCCGCACCGUCCGCUUCGAGGUCAGGGACAACUCCGCCCCUCCCGCCGCCACCCACGUGUCCACCGAGUUCCUCCUCGGCCUCGCCUCCAACCCCUCCCUCGUCCGCCACGUCGCCCUCGUCGGCCACCUCCAGCACGGCAAGACCACGUUCAUGGACAUGCUGGUCGAGCAGACGCACGAGAUCUCCACCUUCGACCCCGAGAGCGAGCGGCACGUGCGCUACACGGACACGCGGAUCGACGAGCAGGAGCGCCGGAUUUCCAUCAAGGCCGUGCCCAUGUCGCUCGUGCUCGAGGACAGCACCGCCAAGUCGUACCUCUGCAACAUCAUGGACACCCCGGGCCACGUCAACUUCUCCGACGAGAUGACCGCCGCGCUCCGCCUCGCCGACGGGGCCGUGCUGGUCGUCGACGCCGCCGAGGGUGUGAUGGUAAACACUGAGAGAGCUAUACGCCAUGCUAUCCAGGAAAGACUGCCCAUUGUAGUUGUGUUGAAUAAGGUUGAUAGAUUGAUAUCAGAGCUCAAAUUGCCUCCAAAUGACGCUUAUUUCAAGUUGCGACACACAUUGGAGGUAAUCAAUGAUCUGAUCUCCUCUUGCUCCACCACUGUAGGUGGGACCCAGCUGGUGGACCCUGUGGCUGGAAAUGUCUGUUUUGCGAGUGCAACCGCCGGCUGGUCUUUUACUCUCCAGUCAUUUGCAAAGUUAUACGUAAAGCUUCACGGUAUACCAUUUGACUCUUCCAAGUUUGCGUCCCGCCUCUGGGGAGAUCUAUACUUCCAUCCUGAUACUAGAACCUUCCGGAAGAAACCCCCAAAGGAAGGAGCUGAUAGGUCCUUCGUCCAGUUCAUUCUCGAACCUUUGUACAAACUCUACAGCCAAGUGAUUGGAGAACACAAGAAGAGUGUUGAGGCCACUCUCGUUGAAUUGGGUGUGACGCUGAACAACGCAGCUUAUAAGUUGAAUGUGAAGCCCUUACUUAGGUUAGCUUGCAGCUCUGUUUUUGGUUCUGCCACUGGAUUCACUGACAUGUUAGUUCAACACAUACCCUCAGCCAAGAGUGCUGCUCAAAGAAAGAUAGAACAUAUAUAUACUGGUCCUCUAGACUCGCAAAUUGCGGCCUCUAUGAAAAAUUGUGAUCCUUCAGGGCCUUUGAUGGUUAAUAUUACCAAGCUCUAUCCGAAGUCUGAUUGUAGUGUUUUUGAUGCCUUUGGGCGUGUUUAUAGUGGUACUAUACAAACUGGUCAGACUGUUCGUGUUCUUGGUGAAGGCUAUUCUCCUGACGAUGAAGAAGAUAUGACUAGAAAAGAAGUAACUAAGUUGUGGGUUUAUCAGGCACGUUACAGAAUCCCUAUUAGUAAAGCUCCUGCUGGUUCUUGGGUUCUGAUUGAAGGUGUGGAUGCGUCAAUCAUGAAGACUGCAACUUUAUGCCCAGAUAAAGUAGAUGAAGAUGUUUAUAUAUUUAGGCCACUUAGGUUUAAUACAUUGUCAGUUGUAAAAAUUGCAACUGAGCCGUUGAAUCCAAGCGAGCUUCCUAAGAUGGUUGAGGGUCUUCGGAAAAUUAGUAAGAGUUACCCUCUUGCUAUUACCAAGGUGGAAGAAUCGGGAGAGCAUACUAUUCUGGGAACUGGCGAGCUGUAUCUCGAUUGUAUAAUGAAGGAUCUUAGGGAGCUUUACUCUGAAGUUGAAGUUAAGGUGGCAGAUCCUGUUGUGACUUUCUGUGAGACGGUGGUGGAUACUUCUUCCAUGAAAUGCUUUGCUGAAACGCCCAACAAAAGGAAUAAAAUUACAAUGGUUGCGGAGCCACUGGAAAAAGGAUUGGCUGAAGAUAUUGAGAAUGGUCUUGUGAGCAUCGACUCGAAGCAAAGAGACAUUAGUGACUUUUUCCAGAAGCGUUAUGAUUGGGAUCUCCUUUCAGCAAGGUCAAUAUGGGCUUUUGGACCUGAUAAGCAGGGCCCAAACAUUCUAUUAGAUGAUACUCUUCCAAGUGAAGUUGACAAACACUUGUUGAAUGCCGUGAAGGAUUCUAUCGUUCAGGGAUUUCAGUGGGGCGCACGCGAAGGCCCUCUUUGUGAUGAACCCAUCAGGAAUGUUAAGUUCAAAAUCUUGAAUGCAAAUAUAGCAUCAGAGCCCUUGCAUCGGGGAGGCGGCCAGAUCAUUCCCACUGCUCGACGUGUGGUUUAUUCAGCAUUCUUAAUGGCUAAUCCUCGGCUUAUGGAGCCCGUAUAUUAUGUGGAGAUCCAAACUCCAAUUGAUUGUGUAUCUGCGAUAUACACGGUUUUGUCCAGACGACGUGGACACGUAACAGCUGAUGUCCCGAAGCCUGGCACGCCGAUAUAUAUUGUUAAGGCUUUCCUGCCGGUGAUUGAAUCGUUUGGGUUUGAGACGGACCUGAGAUACCACACACAGGGGCAAGCUUUUUGCCUUUCGGUAUUCGAUCACUGGGCUAUAGUUCCUGGUGACCCCCUCGACAAGAGUAUUGUUCUCCGGCCUCUAGAACCGGCCCCGAUACAGCACCUCGCUCGUGAGUUCAUGGUGAAAACCAGACGUCGCAAGGGCAUGAGCGAGGAUGUUAGUAUCAAUAAGUUCUUCGAUGAGGCUAUGGUCAAUGAGCUCGCACAACAGGCUGCGGACCUACAUCUCCAGAUGAUGUGAUAUAAGAAUUGAUUCAGACCCAGAUCUUGUAGCUUUCAGAAAAUGGCGUACAAAAACCCGUCCCCGCUCCGAAGAACGUCUGUCGCUCAUCCUCUCUUACCCUGUCUAGAUCUUGUAGGGUUUGUGCACUGACCCUUUAACACUGAGGCGCAGCAAUGAGGUUGAUUUGCAUGUUGAUUGUUUGAAUUGCCAAAUAGCGAUGUCGCUUGUGCCUGGAUAUUUUAUCCACCUGUAACUUACUAGGCUUUACUGGUAAAAGAGCCUUUGUUUUGCCCUCCAUUCCUGCUCUCUUUGUAACUUAUGCGAUAUCCGUGUAUCAAAAAGGCUCUUUUACUAAAACUCUUUACUUAGUUACAUACUUUCAUAUCGAGCUAAUUAAUGAAUUAUCGUGAUCUUGAGGAAGAAAAAUCCUUGUAGGAAUUGUUCGUGUAUUUUUCGUUUAUUACCAUUUUUUUCACGCGUGUAAAUUGGUGUAUGCUGUGUAGGAGAUACUGUUGCUGGGGUCGUCAGUUUUUACGAGUGCUGCUCGAGUAAAGCUAUUUGAGAAAACACUGCUAUUCGUGUUACGGAUUUGUAAUACUCUACCUUUACUUGCAUGAGCUUAUGGUUUCUUUGGUUAGCAAAAGUGUCAUGUUAUUGUAGAAACUUUAUUCCAACUAAUUGAAGAAUGAAAAGCCUACUCACCCUA